AUGGAUAUCGAAAAGAUGUUCUUGAAUUCUUAUUCUAUAGAGAAGAAGCCUGAUAUAUGUGAAUUGAUCGAAGGCGAAGCUGCUAUACUUGUUGGUGCAUCAAAGUAUCCUGUUGAGUUUGAGAAGCGGAAAAAUAGGAUAUUCAACCUGAUAAAGUAUCCCGGCGAACAUGAUAUUGAUGAGGAAGACAACGCCAUUAGUAUUGAUGAUAAUGAUGAUGAUAAUGAUGAUAAUGAAGAAGAAGAUGACGUGACCAGCGUUGAAGACCCUGAGAAAGAAGAAGAGGAUGGGUUAGCAACACAACAAGUUACUGCCGAAAGCAACAAACCCAUGGUGACAAAGCUUAGAAUAGUCAUCAGCAAGUCUGUACAAGUUGCUCUGGAGAAACAGAACAAUAACAAUCCAAUAACGGAAAGCGGCACGGAGUUGAAGAAAACUGACUUGGUUCAACAAUUGGAUAAACAAGGAACACCACAGUCGCAUAAUACUACUACUAUGGAAUCAAGAAAGAGGAUGAAGGAGUCCACCAAACGAGUACAAGUUGCUCCUCUUCGUGUAAGACUUCUUUCUGAUUUAUCUUUCCAGAAGCACCUUGACAGAGGCAAGCAACUCCAGAAACAGAGUCCCAAAGGCUUCAAGAAGACGGACAGUGACACAGAAAAGAAGAGAGAAGAUGGAGCACGACAGACCCCUAUCCAAAGUAGGAGAAAAGAGUGCACCACUGGCUCAACGAAGAGCAUGCUGCCGCCGUUGAUGAAGAUGAAUGUGGAAGUUGCUCCUCCUCCCCAUCCAAAACAAAGAAACUGCAGUUCAAGUACAAGACCAAUGCAGAAAAUAUCAGAAAGUUCUGCAGUUGCAAGACCAAUGCAAAUAGAAACACAAAGCGACAGUGAUAUGAAGAAGAAAUUUGAAUCAAGCAAGAGGAAGUUCGAGCAAAGGUUAGCAGAUCAAAGGGAAGCCAAGAGAAGGAUUAUAACGAUACACUUUCAUCAAAUGCCUAAACUUCUUAUGCCCCUCCUCCCAAGUGUUGUUGGACUAGGAAAAGGUUUUGAGAUCAUGAUAAUGCGAGUUGUUGGAAAUUUUUGUUCUUACUUUUUUUUCUUGUAA